AUGUCUGAUAUUACUGAAAAAACUGCUGAGCAAUUGGAAAACUUGCAGAUCAACGAUGAUCAGCAACCAGCUCAAUCUGCCAGUGCUCCAUCCACUUCUGCUUCUGAAAGCGAAGCUUCUUCUGUUUCUAAGGUUGAAAACAACAACGCUUCAUUGUACGUUGGUGAAUUGGAUCCAAACAUUACUGAAGCAUUGUUGUACGAUGUGUUUUCACCAUUGGGUCCAAUUUCCUCGAUCCGUGUUUGUCGUGAUGCCGUCACCAAGGCUUCGUUAGGUUACGCUUACGUUAACUAUACUGAUUACGAAGCUGGUAAGAAAGCUAUUCAAGAAUUGAACUAUGCUGAAAUCAACGGUAGACCAUGUAGAAUUAUGUGGUCCGAACGUGACCCAGCUAUCAGAAAGAAGGGUUCUGGUAACAUUUUCAUCAAGAACUUGCACCCAGCCAUUGACAACAAGGCUUUGCAUGAAACUUUCUCCACUUUCGGUGAAGUCUUGUCUUGUAAAGUUGCUUUAGAUGAGAAUGGAAACUCUAGAGGCUUCGGUUUCGUUCAUUUCAAGGAAGAAUCCGAUGCUAAGGAUGCUAUUGAAGCCGUCAACGGUAUGUUGAUGAACGGUUUGGAAGUUUACGUUGCCAUGCACGUUCCAAAGAAGGACCGUAUCUCCAAGUUGGAAGAAGCCAAGGCUAACUUCACCAACAUUUACGUCAAGAACAUUGACGUUGAAACCACUGACGAAGAGUUCGAACAGUUGUUCUCCCAAUACGGUGAAAUUGUCUCUGCUGCUUUGGAAAAGGAUGCUGAGGGUAAGCCAAAGGGUUUCGGUUUCGUUAACUUUGUUGACCACAACGCCGCUGCCAAGGCCGUUGAAGAGUUGAACGGUAAGGAAUUCAAGUCUCAAGCUUUGUACGUUGGCAGAGCUCAAAAGAAGUACGAACGUGCUGAAGAAUUGAAGAAACAAUACGAACAAUACCGUUUGGAAAAAUUGGCUAAGUUCCAAGGUGUUAACUUGUUCAUCAAGAACUUGGACGAUUCCAUCGAUGACGAAAAAUUGAAGGAAGAAUUCGCCCCAUACGGUACCAUCACCUCUGCUAGAGUCAUGAGAGACCAAGAGGGUAACUCUAAGGGUUUCGGUUUCGUUUGUUUCUCUUCUCCAGAAGAAGCUACCAAGGCUAUGACCGAAAAGAACCAACAAAUUGUUGCCGGUAAGCCAUUGUACGUUGCCAUUGCUCAAAGAAAGGAUGUCAGAAGAUCCCAAUUGGCUCAACAAAUUCAAGCCAGAAACCAAAUCAGAUUCCAACAACAGCAACAACAACAAGCUGCUGCCGCUGCUGCUGGUAUGCCAGGCCAAUACAUGCCACAAAUGUUCUAUGGUGUUAUGGCCCCAAGAGGUUUCCCAGGUCCAAACCCAGGUAUGAACGGCCCAAUGGGUGCCGGUAUUCCAAAGAACGGUAUGGUCCCACCACCACAACAAUUUGCUGGUAGACCAAACGGUCCAAUGUACCAAGGUAUGCCACCUCAAAACCAAUUCCCAAGACACCAACAACAACACUACAUCCAACAACAAAAGCAAAGACAAGCCUUGGGUGAACAAUUGUACAAGAAGGUCAGUGCCAAGAUUGACGACGAAAACGCCGCUGGUAAGAUCACCGGUAUGAUCUUGGAUCUACCACCACAGCAAGUCAUCCAAUUGUUGGACAACGACGAACAAUUUGAACAGCAAUUCCAAGAAGCCUUAGCUGCUUACGAAAACUUCAAGAAGGAACAAGAAGCUCAAGCUUAA